AUGGCGGGUGUAAGCAGCUGCAUGAAGUACUCCAUGUUCAUCUUCAACUUCAUAUUCUGGCUGUGUGGUUCCAUUAUUUUAGGAGUGUCAGUAUGGAUACGUGUUAGCAAAGAUGCUCAGCAGGAGCUGGGUAUAAACAGCAAUGUGUUCGUGGGGGUGGAUCUGCUGAUAGCUGUGGGCUCCAUCAUUAUGGUCCUUGGGUUUCUGGGGUGCUGUGGUGCCAUAAAGGAGAGUCGGUGCAUGCUGCUCUUGUUUUUUAUUGGACUGCUUCUGAUUCUGAUCCUUCAGGUCACAGGAGGUAUUUUAGGAGCAGUGUACAGUUCUCAGAUUGAAACAUCCCUUAAUGCGACAAUCGAGGAGAAUAUGAAAUCAUUGAAAAGUUCUGAAGAAAAAGACAGAGUGUUUCAAGAGAAGUUCCAGAAUUUUGAGACAAUGAACAAGUGCUGUGGUUUGGUGAAUGGAUAUGCAGACUGGGGAAAAAAUUUCAAUACUCUUCUUAAUGGUAAUAAAAUCUGUGAGUGUGAACUAAAAAACCCAUCAACAGACCUCUGCAUCUCCUACCAAGGCAGAUACAUUUAUUCAAGGCCUUGUGGAAAAGUGAUCGUGAAAUACCUUAAAGACCAUCUGCUCAUUGUUAUGGGGAUUGCCUUUGGACUGGCAGUUAUUGAGAUACUUGGUUUGGUGUUUUCUAUGAGCCUCUACUGCCAGAUCCAGAGAAAAUGA